AUGUCCGCGCCAGAGUGUCGAGGCUCGACUUCAUACAUCUUUCCAGUACGGCCCGGUGUGAUAGUAAAGCAACCGGCCGAGGUAUGGAAGGAAUCGCCGGCGUACAGGAGGCUGACAGAGAAGAUCGCAAACAAUUUCUUAGUCGAACAGCAAAUACUAGAGGCGCUAGGAGCCCAUCCCAGGAUUGUGAAGUAUUACUCCUCCCUACGCGGGUUGCUCCUUUCUAAAGCCAGCCAUAGCAACCUCCAACGAUACCUUGAAGCGAACUAUGAUAGCAUUCCGCUCUCUAUUUGGCAGAUGUGGUGCAGGCAGGUUGUUGAAUCCAUCUCAUACAUUCACCAUCACGGGGUGGUACACUCCGAUCUGCGCCCUGAUAAUUUCCUAGUUCACGCGACCACAUCGACGUCGUUAGAUCUGUGGCUUUGCGACUUUGGUGGCUCGACCUGCGAGAAGCUCAGUUACGGUGUCCUAGCCGUAUCUGGCAAAGCGCUAUCGGCCCCUUCGGCCUCCGACCUCCGACCUCCGGCUGCAUCUCAACACCAAAACAAACAACACGGCUGCCUAUUCUUGUGCGACAAUGCCCAUUAUAUCGCCGCCAUAUCUCAUCCCCGACCUUCGUGGUGCCAAUGA